CAGUGUUGAAUGUCUUUGUAAAUGUAAAUAAUCCAGGAGAGAACUUUGAAUAUGAUGGAUAAUGUUUCAGUCAUUUCUAUGUUUACUCUGACGGGGUUUAACGGCACAGCAAACCACAGAGUCACUCUCUUUGCUCUCACCCUGCUGUGCUAUGGUGUGAUUUGGCUGGCAAACAUGACCAUUAUUGUGACAAUCUGUAUGGACAAAUCUCUUCACGAGCCCAUGUACAUCUUCCUAUGUAACCUGUGCAUCAAUGGACUCUAUGGGACUACAGGUUUUUAUCCAAAAUUACUCAGUGAUCUUUUGUCUUCCACUCAUGUCAUCUCUUACAGUGGAUGUCUCCUGCAGGGCUUUGUGAUGCACUCUUCAGUUUGUGCAGAUGUAACUCUUCUAGCAUUAAUGGCCUUUGACAGAUAUGUGGCUCUGUGUCAGCCUCUGACAUACAACUCUGUGAUGACGAAGGGAAGAAUAUGUGUUCUUGUGUCCAUCGCUUGGCUUGUACCCAUUUAUUUGAUUUUGCAAUCGACAAUAGCAACAUCAUUAGCACGAGUGUGUGGCUCACAUAUACCAAGAAUCUACUGUAUUAAUUAUUUUGUCAAUAGACUCGCUUGUACUGCCUCAUUAGCCAGUGUUGGUGUUCCAGCAUUUAACUACACCAUUUAUGUGCUGUAUUUCUUUUCUAUUGUGUGGUCUUACAUCCACCUGAUCAAAGAAUGCAUCAUUUCCAGUGAGAACAGAAGCAAGUUUAUGCAAACAUGUCUGCCACAUCUCUUCUGUCUCACUAUCUUAUUGUUAAGUAUGUUUUUUGACUUGAUGUACAUACGAUUUGGCAACAACGGUAUAUCACACCAUGUCGGGAAUUUCAUGUCCAUUGUAUGUCUCGUCAUCCCUCCCAUCUUCAACCCCCUGAUAUACGGUUUGAAGUUGACACAAAUAAGAAAAAAGAUCACGCAAUUUUUCAUCAGAAAGAAGUAGAAGAAGUUCAUGUUGUAUGUUGUCGUCUGCCUUGUUGAAGUGCAAGGAAGGAACGUAUAAGAAAUAUUUUUGUCAUUUUCUGUUAUAAUCUUAUUUUUUUGGCGUGCAUCUAUUUUUCAGUUUUAAUGGAUGCACUGGUUAUGUAGCAUACAUAUAGUGAAUUGUACUGUGUUGAUUAGAUAGUUUAUAAUCUACAUGGGAAGUGUUGCUAUUCUUGCUUUUAACUAGUCUAGAGCUGAAACAAUUACUUGAUGAAUCGAUUAUUAAUCCAUUACUAAA